GCAGUAGCGAACGUAACCCGCUUGCAGAUCCUGUGUGGAGCAGAGGCUACUAUGUUGCGCAGAGGCUGCUGGAGGCUGGGAAGGCCGCUCAUCUGCCUGCGUGGUGGUCUGCAGGCCCCCGCCCAGAGCGGCCGCCGGAGCUUGGUCUCCUGCAUCGAUCCUUCCAUGGGACUAAAUGAAGAGCAGAAGGAAUUUCAGAAAGUGGCCUUUGACUUUGCUGCCCAGGAGAUGGCUCCACAUAUGGCAGAGUGGGACCAGAAGGAGCUGUUCCCAGUGGAUGCUAUGCGGAAGGCUGCUCAGCUAGGCUUUGGGGGGGUCUACGUACGAACAGAUGUAGGUGGGUCUGGACUGUCACGGCUCGAUACCUCUGUCAUCUUUGAAGCGUUGGCUACAGGCUGUACCAGCACCACAGCCUAUAUAAGCAUCCACAACAUGUGUGUCUGGAUGAUCGAUACUUUUGGAAAUGAGGAACAGAGGUACAAAUAUUGCCCACCGCUCUGUACCAUGGAGAAAUUUGCUUCCUACUGCCUCACUGAACCAGGAAGUGGCAGUGAUGCUGCGUCCCUUUUAACCUCAGCGAAACAACAAGGAGAUCAUUACAUCCUCAAUGGCUCCAAGGCCUUUAUCAGUGGUGGAGGUGAAUCAGAUGUCUAUGUAGUCAUGUGCCGAACAGGAGGUCCAGGCCCCAAAGGCAUCUCAUGUAUAGUUGUUGAGAAGGGAACACCUGGCCUCAGCUUUGGCAAGAAGGAAAAAAAGGUGGGGUGGAACUCACAGCCAACCCGUGCCGUGAUCUUUGAAGACUGUGCAGUCCCUAUGGCCAACAGAAUUGGGGAUGAAGGGCAGGGCUUCAUCAUUGCCAUGAAAGGACUGAAUGGAGGGAGGAUCAAUGUUGCUUCCUGCUCUCUAGGAGCUGCUCAUGCUUCGGUCAUCCUCACCCGAGACUACCUCAACGUUCGGAAGCAGUUUGGAGAGCCUCUGGCCAGUAACCAGUACCUGCAAUUCAAACUGGCUGAUAUGGCAACAAGGCUGGUGGCCUCGCGGCUGAUAAUCCGCAGUGCAGCAGUAGCUCUGCAGGAGGAGCGGGAAGAUGCAGUGGCUCUGUGCUCCAUGGCCAAGCUCUUCGCUACAGAUGAAUGCUUUGCUAUCUGCAACCAGGCUUUACAGAUGCAUGGAGGCUAUGGCUACCUGAAGGACUAUGCUGUUCAGCAGUAUGUGCGGGACUCCAGGGUCCAUCAAAUCCUAGAAGGUAGCAAUGAAGUGAUGAGGAUGCUGAUCUCUCGAAGCCUGCUUCAAGAGUAAUACCCAGACUUGAUGUUCAGGCAUGACAGUUAAUGUACAACUUGAAUGAGCAUUGAGUGGUUCAUGUGGACUGUUGUGUUCCAGUUGAGUCAUGGAUUAGAUUGGAGGCCUGAGCUCUUUCACCUGGGCCCUUCAUCUGUGUGUUGAGAGCAGCAUCAGCUAAAGGACUGGGACAGAGUCUUGAGCAGAACUGGAGGAGCUGCCCUGACUGGGAGUAUCACAAGUAGACAUACUACCUUGUUUUCCUAAUGCAGAAAGGUGACCAGUAAAGAUUCAUCACCAAAUCAA